CUCGCGCACAGAGGAAGAGCCUGGUCUCGCUUCCCACAGAGGAUUUUAAGUCUGCUUACAAAAGCUUAUUUUCUUUGCAUCAGCUCUUAGGAGCUCAUCACCACCAGUAAAGCUGUAUAAGCACCGGGUUGACGGGACCGAAGGAAGUGGCGCGUCGUACGGGGAGCUGCCAGCUGAAAUCGCCAUGAGUUACAAGCCCAUUGCUCCUGCGCCAUCUGGCUCCAACCACACACCUCCAGGCUCUUCUGUGCCUUCUCCAUCUCUGCCCUCGUCAUCCAACUUCAGGCCGGCUUUCAGUGACUUUGGCCCACCCUCCAUGGGCUUUGUUCAGCCAGUCAAAGUGUCUCAAGGAUCCACCUACAGUGAGCUGCUGUCUGUCAUUGAGGAGAUGAGCCGUGAGAUCAGGCCUACGUACGCCGGGAGCAAGAGUGCCAUGGAGAGGCUAAAGAGAGGUAUAAUCCAUGCCCGUGCACUGGUCAGGGAGUGUCUUGCAGAGACGGAGAGAAGCGCCCGCACAUAACCUUUUGGAAAGAUCCCUACGCCCCCUCACUCUUCUUCCUGUAGGAGCCUGUCAUUAAGAUCGUCUGUUUUACAGCCAUUUUUUUUAUCCUCCCACAUGUUGCGCUUUCCUCGCUGGCUUUUUAUAGGUGCGCUAUGUCCAUCUUGUCUCCACUGUUCCCUGCUUUCCACCACACCUAUUUUGUUCAUUGCAAACCCUCUGUGACGUGUGGGGUGUAUGCAAAAUGCAGUUUUGUACCUAUUUUGAAAUAAGAGUGUGGGGAAUUUCAACACAUUUUUAAAUAGAGCUCUGGGUAAAUACCUUAUUAAAAUGGAUGGGGGGUGUUGAAAGUAUUAUUUGUUCAACAACGACAAUUGACCAAGAAGUUUUUUUUCUUUUUUUAAGUGAUGAAAUCAGUGUACCAACUGCAACUGUGCUGAAGUUUCUAUUCUGAACAUCACUCCGCAACCACUCAAUAUUUUUUGUUAAUCUGAGUGUCUUGACUAGACCCCAUUUCCAUUCACCAUUGCUUCGUUUAUAUCAUAUUUUGUAGUGUAAACACACAUUAGAUGUUUCUCAAUCCUAAGAACUCUGUACAUCUCAAGUCAAUUUGUUAGAAUGGAAAUUUUGUAAACCAAAUUUUUGCAGUUCAGUAUGUAUAUCUUAAUUAAAUAACAGAAAAGAA